GCCUCUGCACCAGUGGUGUUCAGAGACGACCGGGGCUGCCAGGACAGGGCGUUUGGGGCUCAGGGGCUCAGCCGCUACUCAAGUUAUGCUCCCGUGAGGACUCCCAUCUUCCCUGCAUUAGCCGCUUGCUUAUUCACCACCAGUGCCGGCGUCCGGGCGUUGGGUAAGCUUGUUUAACUGCGGCAUCAAAAAGUGGACCUGCCCCCCGGGUGGGAAUGACUUAUUGAUGGCCAUGUCUGCUUCCAUUCACCCACUCAUUCAAGUUGUUCGAUUAACUCGUUGUUUGAAACCCGAGUUCUAAAAAAAUUGUUUGGUUUUGUUUAUCUUGUUUCUCGAGUGAAUAUCCAUCCCUUCGCUCGCUAUUCUUGUCAUUCCCUACUCCAGGCUGGUCCCCAAUCCUUGACUUGCUUUCUUCCAUAGCCAGGAUAUACUCAUCACUCUCCUUCAUAUCCGGCAAGAUGCAUUCUUCCAUUUUCAUUGCCGCUGGUCUCUCUCUCCUGUCCACAGCGUCAGCUCAGACCUUUACAGACUGCGACCCUACAAAGAAGACUUGUCCUCCAGACAAAGGCCUCGACCAGGCUUCAUACAGCGUGGACUUCACCAAGGGGGCAAGCGACGACUGGAACAUCACCUACGGAACUCUCACCUACGACGACAAGAAUGGCGCCGCCUACACAAUCACCAAGUCGGGCGACGCCCCCACCGUCCAGUCCAACUUCUACAUCUUCUUCGGGGCUGUUUCUGUCGUGAUGAAGGCCGCCCCAGGGACCGGGAUCGUGUCCUCUGCAAUCCUCGAGUCCGACGACCUGGACGAGAUCGACUGGGAGUGGCUCGGCGGCACCGCGGCCGAGGUCGAGACAAACUACUUCGGCAAGGGCAACACGUCCACGUACGACCGCGAGACCUACGUGCAGAUGGCCGACUCCCAGGCCGACUUCCACAACUACACCAUCGUGUGGGCUAAGGAGAGCACGACCUGGAUGAUCGACGGCGAGCCGGUCCGCACGAUGGCCUACGCCGACGCCAACGGCGGCGCAAACUACCCGCAGACGCCCAUGCGCGUCAAGCUCGGCAUCUGGGCCGGCGGCGACCCGGGCAACCCCGCGGGCACGAUCCAGUGGGCCGGCGGCGAGACCAACUACGACGAGGGGCCCUUCACGGCGUACAUCAAGAGCGUCGACAUCACCCACUACAACCCGGCAAAGUCAUACACCUACGGCGACCUGACCGGCUCGGCCGAGUCCAUCGUGCUCGGCGACACCGACGUCACCCAGUCGUCCGGGGACGCUGGCUCCGUUCCUCCGUCUCCCUCCACGCCUUCGAAUGCUUCGGGCACCGCGUCUGUCCGCCCUGGCGCGUCGGGCGGUGCGUCCGGCAUUUCCGGCUCGGCUCCGUACGGCAACGGCUCCAGCUUGACGAGGCCGUCAUCCACCUCGAACGUCACAGUCUCCCUAUCGCCGACUUCGUCUUCCUCUUCCUCAGCGGGCGGCGAUGGUUCGUCCGGCUCGUCAUCUUCAUCUUCGUCUGCCUCGAGCGCGUCCACGGACGAUUCUGCUUCCGGCGCUGUGGAUCUGAGUGCCACUAAGGUUGGCAGCUCGGUCCUUCUUGGUGUUGUUGGCUGCGUUCUGGCAUUCCUUUAGAGGCAAUGCAAGUCGGUCUUAUUUUAUAGACUGGGCUCGGGCUCGUCGGCGACUGGGAGUAUCGUAUCUUCUUUUCAUGGCUGGGUAGACCCCAGACGCUUUCUAGGGGGUUCAUUUCAAAUCACUUUACGGCGUUCGGGUCCUUGAUACCUCUAUAGAUGCAAAAUGACAUUGUACAAAGAGAACAUUUGAACCUCCGAA